AUGCGGUGGAGAUCGGGCGACGACGACCCACUUCGACGGCGCCGUCUCGAAAGUCUCGGACGUCCUCGCCCGGAACGGACCCACGCCCGAGGACGCAGACGGCAGGUGGAGCCGGUCCUCGGGGACGUCGGGACGGCCCGAAGGCGGGAGGAGGAAGCAGACGCCGCAGAGCGGAGGCGAUUGGUUCUCGUCGGGGAGUUCCGGGAGAUCCUCCGCUUCUAUUGUGUCCAGUAUGGGAAGGCACGUUCGCACGUCUUUGUCCAAGGAUCGAGGCUCCAUCGGCCGAUGUCGGCCACGAGUCGAAACGAGGAGGAGAUGAUCGCCAAGACCAGACAGAAGUUGCCGAAGGUGACGGACCCGGUGGAGAAACUGCGGCUGCUGUGCCUCCAACGAGGCUCGUCCGGCAUCCUUGCCUUCGGCAAGGUGUUUCGGCGGAUGGACGACGACGGGAGUAGAUCCCUGAGUUUCGAGGAAUUCUGUCAGGGGCUCGGCGACACGGGACUCCAUCUGACGUACGAGGAAGCCCAAGACGUUUUCCGCCAAUUCGACAGGGAAGGCUCGGGAUGCAUCAGCUUCGACGAAUUCCUCAUCAGCGUCCGCCCGCCCAUGAACGCCAGCCGGAGGAAACUGGUGGCGAUGGCCUUCCACAAGAUGGACGCGACCGGUGACGGGGUCAUCGCUCUCGAGGAUCUCCGACGGACGUACAACGUGAGGAGCGAUCCGAAGUACAUCAGCGGCGAGGACACUGCAGACGUGGUCCUUCACAAGAUCAUUACCAAGUUCGAAAAAAACGGCUCUGUCGAUGGCAAGGUGACGAGAGACGAGUUCUUCGACUACUACAGUGGAGUGAGUGCCUCGAUCGACAACGAUGCCUAUUUCGACCUCAUGAUGAGGACUGCCUACAAAUUGUAGUUCUUGCACCGAAUGGAAUGCUUUUAUAUCCUCGUGACAAAAAAAUCUGCAAACCUCCACCACACUUUGUUG